AAACCUGUCUAUCCACCCACACUUGAUAACUGGAGUUUAGUUGCUCUCCAACCAUCAACCAGAGAAGACGGAGAGUGCUGCUCCGUGUCUCUAUUGUGAUACAAUGAUGGAUACUAAUCCAACCCUCUCCACUCCAGGAUUACUUCUUGGGUUGGGUCGGAGUACUGGGGUAGAGGAGAUCAGGCCUAGAGGGAGCAGUAAGGAGUUUACUCCGAGGUUAGGACGGACAGGAACGGAGGAGGAGAUUAUUAUUAAACCUAGACCAUGGGUUGCUAAAGCUAGAGAAAUAGAAGAAAUCAAACCAAGGUUUACACGGGACGUAGAUUCUCCAAGAUUUGGUCGAGAAGAAAUAAAACCAAGGGUUGAAAGAGAAGUUUUCAAACCAAGGUUUGAGAGAGAAGAAGUCAAACCGAAAUUUGAUCUGGGAGAUGGGAUAAAACCAAGAUUUUCGCCGGAUGAAGAUUCUUUGACUAAACCUAGAUCAUUACACGACGAUAAUUACUCCAGUUUGAGAGGUCGGAGUAGAAUCGAACCAGAGAUGCCUGAACCUGACUAUCUAGACUCUGACCAGGAGGACUUCAAUGUUUCAGAGAGAAAACGGGAUCGGAGCAGUAGUUUUGAGGGUCGGAGUAAGAAAAGCUCUGGUGAUAAGCUUGAACCUACUCCAAGUAAAUCUGGGACUAUAACAAGGUUUCCUACUUUUAACAAUAUCGACAGGGUCUCUAAGGAUCGGGAUCUAAGUCCAGGAUCUAAGUACACUCCGGGAACCAACUACCAGGUUCAAACCUUCAAUGAAACUCCCAACCCGGAAGAAUCAAAACAUUUCCUCAGUCUUCAAAUUUUCUCCGCGCACGCUGAGCCACCUCUUGAAGAAUUCUUGAAUAUAAAACUACAGUUGGAACUGGAGGAGAGGCACAGGGAGGAGGAGGACGCCUUGUACAGGGCCUUCCUUCAGGAGAGGAGGGAGCAGGAGACCAGGAUCAACAACAUGGGUGAGGAGGAGAGAGAGGAGCUCUUUAUUAACAUGAAUAAGAUGGAAAGAUCUCGAAUAAUAAAUCUGACGGAAAAACAUUGUGAUCAGAUGAUGGAUCUUAUUCAUAGAGAGAAGAUUAAGUACCUGGAGGAGGGAGGAGAGGAAACCAAGGAUAUUCAUCAGAAAUAUCCCCGGGAACCCCCACCUAUAGAGGUUCCUAGGUUCACCAAGGAUCAGGUUUACGAGAACAAUAUGGCUGUAUUUGAAGCAGUGGACGAGGUUGCUUUAAAAGCUGCUGGAUUGGAGCAUAGAACUCUAACUGGUGUAGCUAGGAUGCUGGUUAAUAAAUGCUCUUCAGAUCUUGAUAAAGCCAGGGCAAUUUUUAGGUUUAUAUCGGAGCGUAAGUUCAAACAUCUCUCUUGGUUUCUCUACUACCCGGAGGAAGGAAAUAAACGCGGAGCUCCAACCAACCUUUUCAGAGGAGUUGAGUUUGGUAUAGAAACGAAAGCCCUUCUUUAUAAGAAAAUGUGCGCUUACGUUGGACUACAUGCUAUUGUAAUUAAGGGGUACAGCAAGGCGAAGGAUUACAUACCAGGAGAUGAGUUUGUGGAUGAAAGGUGGAGGAGAGCCUGGAAUGGAGUUUAUGUAGCUGGAGGAUUGAGAUGGAGGAGUGCCUGGAAUGGAGUAUAUGUAGCUGGAGGAUGGAGGUUGGUCCAAGCUAACUGGGCCUCUAUGCAGAUUAAUACUAAGGCAGCUCGUGAGACUAGACAGAUGUAUCAGGAUCAUUACUUCCUGACAGACCCGGACAAAUUUAUCUUUGAGUUCUUCCCUCUCUCCGCAGAGUUCCAGUUUCUGGAGCAUCCAGUAACCAAAUCUGAGUUUGAGAAUCUACCUUUGCUCCGGUCAACCUUCUUCCAUCUUGGAUUAUCCCUGGCAAGGAGCGAGGGAUUACUCAACGCUGUAGUUGAGGCGAAUGAUAUGGGCGAGGCGAAUAUAUAUUUGAACAGUAAAGCGGAUACAAGCUUCCACUAUACCCUGUACAACUGUAAGAACGGAUCCACAAGUAUAAAAGCUCCGGGUGGAAAGUUUCCACUGGACAGGUUUGUUCUGAUGUCAACAAAAGACAAAGAAACCACGUUCAAUGUUCAUAUUCCACAAAAAGGAUCUUUUCUGCUUGAAAUAGGUGCUGUGAAGUAUCCAAGUUCUGCUGAAUUUUUAGCUUCUCCAAUCCAUUAUAUCAAUGUUUGCAAGUUUAAGAUUAUCACCAGAAAAGUUGACAAGGUUAUGGUUCCCCUACCGGAUUGUGUACCUGGAGAAUGGGGUCCGGAGAAAGCAAUAAAACUGUUUGGAUUGAAACCUACCAGUCAUCCUAUGCCAAUUAUAUACGCUGCUCCUCCCUCAAAUAUAGAUCUUAGAAAUGAAGUUCGUCCUCUCACUCUUAAUAUAGAAUUUGAGAAGACAGACGAGGUUCUGGAUUUUGUAACCAAACUUUACAAGAACGGAGUUCAUGCUCAAGAUUUAAAGCAGGGAUCAAGAUACAGAAACAAGGAUAAAUAUGUUAUAUUCGAUAUCAAGGUCCCCCAGGAUGGACAGUACGGUUUGGAUAUCUAUACCCGGAGAAAGUGGGAGGAUAAGAUGCUCCAUUGCUGCAAGUAUCUCAUCAACUGCGAUGUUUAAAGGAACAAACAACUAAAAACAAUUAGAGAGAGAGAGAAAAAUUAACCGAACCUGAAUGAAACUAACUGUGAUAUUUAACAAAUUGAAUGUAUGAACCCUAAUUUUAUUUUCCUUAUAGAGAAGUCAACCUGUAGUCCUAGUAUACAAACCAAAUUUUUAUCCAUCUACUAAACAUGUUUAAUUUAUGCCUAAUUUAAAAAUUUUCAAGUUACGACUUGUUGUACAAUUGUUCCACAAAUAGUAAAUUGAUAAGUUUUUAUGAAAUAAAAUGUAUAAUGAUCGAACUGCUGAAGUCGAAAUAUGAUCUACACUCCUAACCUAGCUCCUAGCUAAUAACAUGAGAUUAAUGUCUGAUUUGAAACUAACAAAGUGUGUUUUAUUAUUUAUGACUUAAACAAAUAAAAAUAAAAAUCUAA